UCCUAAAAGCUGCCAUUUACUUUCACUGCCACAGAGGCACUAAGGCUGCAUUUGGCAUUCACAGUUCUGUGCUCCGCCGAGAAAUCUCACUGCCGUUGAAGAGAAGCAGAGACAUGGCAACCACUGCACGAUUAAUCUCUGUCGCUCUUUUGUGGAUUCUGGUUCUCUUUGUAACUCUAGCUUUUAUACAGAAUCGAUUAAGCGACGGUGGAGUCUCAUCAGAUCCCAAGCUCAACUAUAGCAGACUCAGUCAGAAAGAAAUUAAGUUAGAAGAGGAGGAUUUGGAAGCAGUAACCCACAAAGUUUACUUUGACAUUGAGAUCGAUGGGAAAUCAGUAGGUCGUAUCGUCAUGGGUCUCUUUGGUAAAACAGUUCCUAAGACAGCAGAAAAUUUUCGAGCUCUUUGCACUGGGGAGAAAGGAAAGGGAAAGAGUGGGAAGCAUCUCCAUUACAAAGGCAGCAUAUUCCAUAGGAUUAUUCCCAGCUUUAUGAUCCAAGGUGGUGAUUUUACUCGUGGCGAUGGGCGAGGUGGAGAGUCAAUCUAUGGUGAGAAGUUUGCUGAUGAGAACUUCAAGCUGAAACAUACUAGACCUGGACUAUUGUCAAUGGCAAAUGCUGGGAAAGACACCAAUGGAUCUCAGUUCUUUAUUACUACUGUAACCACUAGCUGGUUGGAUGGCCGCCAUGUGGUAUUUGGCAAGGUUCUUUCUGGCAUGGAUGUAGUCAGCAAGAUUGAAGGCCAAGGAAAUCAGAGUGGAGUGCCCCGACAUAAAGUUGUCAUUUUAGACAGCGGCGAAAUGCCUAUGUAACAACCUUCAUCAUCGAACAUAUGCAUUCUUAUAUCAAAACUCACUGCAUAUAAGUAUAAAAUUUUUACAUCUUUUAUUAAAAUCAUGUCUUGAUUUUGUAGUGUGUUCAAUUAGAUUGAUUCUUGAUUUAUAUGACAAUUGAAGGGGCUUCUCUGA